UUAAAUCAUGAAAAUAAAAAAAUCAAAAACCAUGAUGAAAAAAACAAAAAAAUCUGUUAUGAAAAAAAAGAAACAAUUAAAAGAUGUAACAACAGAUGAAUUUUUUAAUCAGAGUUUUGAAGAUGAAAUAAAUACUAUUGAUAAUGACAAUCAAGAUAAAAAUGUUCUUGAAGAUGAUGGAGGAAGUAGUGAUAGUGACAUGGAUCCAGUACAGCAUAAAAAAUCUUUAAUGAAAUUAAAAGAUACAGACCCUGAAUUUUAUAAAUAUUUAAAAGAAAAUGAUAGAAAUCUUUUAGAAUUUGAUAUAUCAGAUGAUGGAAAUGAAAUUGAUGAUGAUGACAAAUCUUCAUUAAAUGAAUUCGAUAUGAAACAUAUACCUAAUGAUCAUUUAGAGGUUGCUAGUGAUGAGAGUGAUUAUGAACUAGACGAAGAGAAUAGUAUAAAAGAUAAAAGAAAAAUUACAUUGCAAUUAUUAAAAAAAUGGCAAGAAGAAAUUCAAAAAGACAAAUCAUUGAAAACAAUUAAAUGUGCAGUAGAAGCUUUUCAUGCUGCAUUAGAAACAGUUGCUGAAUCUGGUGAUCCAGAAUCUUUACAAUAUAAAGUAGAGGGUGGUGCAAUAUUUAACGGAGUUGUCCAGUUAUGUAUAUUGUAUUUACCAGAUGCAUUUAAACGAUAUUUAAAAUUAGAUCCAGAUACUCAUCAUGUUCAAGUUCAUAAAAUUAAAAGAUUUACAAAAAUAAAGACUAUUCUCAAAUUAUAUUUAACAGAUUUAAUUAAGAUUUUACAAAAUGUAACAUCAUCUAAUAUUUUGACAAUUCUUUUAAAACACUUACAUCAAAUGUUACUAUAUACACAAUCGUUUUCAUCAUUAACUAAGCCAUUAUUAAAAAUUUUAUUAAAAUUUUGGUCAAGUGGAGAAGAAACCGUUCGUGUUGUUUCUUUUUUAAGCAUAUUGCGUAUUGUAACCAGUAAUCGAAAAUCAAUUUUAGAGAUGUUGUUUAAGACAAUGUACGUAAAAUAUGUUGAAAAUUCUAAAUUUGUGUCUAUUACAACAUUACCUGGAAUAAAUUUUAUGAGACAUUCUUUAGUUGAAAUAUAUCUACUUGAUAAUAAUUUAGCAUAUCAUCAUGCUUUUUUAUAUAUUAGACAAUUAGCUAUUCAUUUAAGAAAUGCUAUGACUUUAAAGAAAAAGGAACAUUUUCAAGCAGUAUACAAUUGGCAGUAUAUAAAUUCAUUGCGUUUUUGGUCAGAAUUAAUAUAUUUAUCAAAAAGUGAUUCUAUGUUACGUUCACUUUUAUAUCCUCUUGUACAAAUUAUUAUAGGAACAAUCAAAGUAAUACCAACACAUCAAUAUUACCCUCUAAGAUUUCAUUGCGUACAAAUGUUAAUAGAUAUUUCUAAGGAAACUGACACAUUUAUACCUAUAUUACCAUUUUUAUUAGAGAUAUUAGAUUCUUAUGAUUUUAAUAAAAAACACAAGGCAGUAUCAAUGAAACCAGUUCCCUUUAUUUGUAUCUUAAGGAUGUCAAAGUCUCAAUUACAAGAAAAUGGUUUUAAAGAUAAUGUUAUUGAUAAUAUAUAUAAACUUAUCUUAGAAAAUGCUGCAAAAGAUAGUCAUACUGUAUAUUUUCCGGAUUUAUAUAUAUCAUGUAUAAUACAGUUAAAAGCAUUUCUGAAGAAAUGUCAUAUAGCAAACUAUUGUAGAAAAAUGAAACAACUAUUAGAUAAAAUCGAGGAAAAUAAAAAAUAUAUUGAGACAGAACGGAGUAAAACUGUAAUUGAUUUAAAGAAUAUGACAGAGAUAAAGAACUGGGAAAAUAGAAUAAAAGCACAAGGUACCUCAUUGUCGAAAUUUUAUGAAUCUUGGAUAAAAAUCUAUCAAUCUCAGAAACUUAAAUUACUUACAAAAAAUGAAGAAAUAGCUGAAUAUAAUUUACCAACUAUAAGAAAGUUAAAAAAAGGAAAGUCAAGCAAAGAAAAUAUAGAAGAAAGCAGCGAAGAAAGUGAUUUUGAAAUGAAAAUAAAAUCUAAUAAGGAAAAAUCUGAUGAAAGUAAAUUUGAUAAAAGAAAAUCUGAAAAACAUUCUAAACCAAAAAAGAAAAAAUUAAAAAUUAACAAUGAUCAGAUCAAUUUAUUACCCCAAGAAAAUACAGAUAUCGUGCAAGAUAUCAAUAGUGAUGAUUGGGAUUAAAUAUAUUUUAUUUCACAUGUAUGAUGUGUAUGAUAAUAAAUCAAUGUCAGUUUAAAUUUUAUAA